AGGAGAAGCAAAAGAAGGAAUUGUUUGCAAGUUCAGUCAUCCAAAAAAGCGUCUUCCAUAUGGAGGGAUUGGGUGCGCUGGGCGCGGCGUCUCCUGCCUGGUCCUCCUGCUGCCGCUGCUGCCACCACGGCUCCCGCUUCCUGCAGCGGGGACCCUGAGCUGGGUUUCGCGGUGUCAGCCCCGGCCGCGCUUACACGCUCUCGCACCUCGUACCCGCCGUGGCCACACAAGCCCUUCUUCCUUCUCGGCCCGCAACUUCUGGGUCCCGGGCUCCUUUGUUGCUCCGACUGCGGCCACUCUCCCGUGGCGUGUGUCCCCGUGUGUCACCACGCUGUGCGAGUGUGUCGGUGCAGCCCGGGGCCGUGUGGCCCUCUCCGCACCACCACGCGGGACCCGGAGCCCCGGUCCCCUCUUCCCAGGAUCUGGCUGCAGGAGAGGGUGAAACAGCUCUCUUUGUCUUCAGUCUGGAAACAGGCUUCGAGGACUCCAUGACCCAUGAAGUCUUGUCAACAUCCACCUGAGGGAAGCAGGGAAGACGUAGAAGACAUAGGGUUACAGAGGACUGCCAUAGCUCUACAAGGGUCACACGUGGCUUAUGGGACUUUGGCCUGGAACCCUCUGUGACACACCAUACUGUGUGGGAAGAUGACAACGUGUAGAGGAAAGUCCCCUAUGGCUGCACUGGUUGGGCUCCUCUGGGCCGCCACAAGCUGCCUUGCUGAUUUGGGUGAGGUUCCCCAGGUCACUGUCCAGCCCAUGUCCACUGUCCAGAAGCUAGGAGGAACUGUGAUCCUGGGCUGUGUGGUGGAGCCCCCAUGGGUGAAUGUAACUUGGCGCUUCAACGGGAAGGAGCUUAAUGGCUCGGAUGAUGCUCUGGGUGUCCUCAUCACCCGUGGGACCCUCGUCAUUGCUGCGCUCAACAACCACACUGUGGGACGGUACCAAUGUGUGGCUCGGAUUCCCGCAGGAGCUGUGGCCAGUGUGCCAGCCACAGUGACACUAGCCAAUCUCCAGGACUUUAAGUUAGAUGUGCAGCAUGUGAUUGAAGUGGACGAGGGGAACACAGCUGUCAUUGCCUGCCACCUGCCUGAGAGCCACCCCAAAGCCCAGGUCCGGUACAGUGUCAAACAGGAGUGGCUGGAGGCCUCUAGAGACAACUACCUGAUCAUGCCAUCAGGGAAUCUCCAAAUUGUCAAUGCCAGCCAGGAGGAUGAGGGCAUGUACAAGUGUGCCGCUUACAACCCGGUGACACAGGAAGUGAAAACCUCCGGCUCCAGUGACAGGCUGCGCGUGCGCCGGUCCACCGCUGAGGCUGCCCGCAUCAUUUACCCGCUGGAAGCCCAGACUGUCAUUGUCACCAAAGGCCAGAGUCUCAUUCUGGAAUGUGUGGCCAGUGGGAUACCGCCACCUCAAGUCACAUGGGCUAAGGAUGGGUCCAGUGUCUCUGGCUACAACAAGACUCGCUUCCUGCUGAGCAACUUGCUUAUUGACACCACCAGUGAAGAGGACUCCGGCACCUAUCGCUGUAUGGCCAGCAACGGGGUUGGGGAACCUGGUGCAGCUGUCAUUCUCUACAAUGUCCAGGUCUUUGAGCCCCCUGAGGUCACUGUGGAGUUGUCCCAGCUGGUCAUCCCAUGGGGCCAGAGUGCAAAGCUCACCUGUGAGGUCCGUGGAAACCCUCCACCCUCAGUGCUAUGGCUAAGGAAUGCCGUGCCCCUCACCUCCAGCCAGCGCCUCCGACUGUCUCGCAGAGCCCUACGAGUGGUCAGUGUCGGGCCUGAGGACGAGGGCGUGUACCAGUGCAUGGCUGAGAAUGAAGUUGGGAGUGCCCACGCUGUGGUCCAACUGAGAACUGCACGACCAGACACGACCCUGAGACCCGGGAGGGAUGCUAAGCCGAUUGCCGCCACACCUCCCAUGCCACCCUCCAGACCCAGCAGACCUGACCAGAUGCUACGGGAGCAACUAGGGCUUGUUAAGCCUCCAACCUCAGUACAGCCUACUUCCCUGAAGUGCCCGGGAGAGGAGCAAGUCACCCCUGCAGAGGCCCCCAUCAUCCUCAGCUCACCCCGGACCUCCAAGACUGACUCCUAUGAGCUGGUCUGGAGACCUCGACAUGAGGGCAGCAGCCAGGCACCCAUCCUGUACUAUGUGGUGAAACAUCGUAAGCAGGUCACAAAUGCCUCUGAUGACUGGACCAUUUCUGGCAUCCCCGCCAACCAACACCACCUCACCCUGACCAGUCUUGAUCCCGGAAGCCUAUAUGAAGUGGAGAUGGCAGCCUACAACUGUGCCGGAGAGGGCCAGACAGCCAUGGUCACCUUCCGAACAGGGCGGCGGCCUAAACCUGAGAUCGUGGCCAGCAAGGAGCAGCAGAUCCAGAGAGAUGACCCUGGUACCAGCCCCCAAAGCAGCAGCCAGCCUGAUCAUGGCCGCCUCUCCCCCCCAGAAGCUCCAGACAGACCCACCAUCUCCAUGGCCUCAGAGACGUCUGUGUACGUGACCUGGAUUCCCCGAGGCAAUGGAGGCUUCCCCAUCCAGUCUUUCCGUGUGGAGUACAAGAAACUAAAAAAAGUGGGAGAUUGGAUUCUGGCUACCAGUGCCAUCCCUCCCUCGAGGCUGUCUGUGGAGAUCACAGGCCUGGAGAAAGGCAUUUCCUACAAGUUCCGAGUCCGUGCUUUGAACAUGCUAGGGGAGAGUGAACCCAGUGCUCCCUCCCGGCCCUACGUGGUGUCAGGAUACAGUGGCCGUGUGUACGAGAGGCCUGUGGCAGGCCCUUACAUCACCUUCACCGAUGCAGUCAACGAGACCACCAUUAUGCUCAAGUGGAUGUAUAUCCCAGCCAGUAACAACAACACCCCAAUCCAUGGCUUUUACAUCUACUACCGACCUACAGACAGUGACAAUGACAGUGAUUACAAGAAGGACAUGGUAGAAGGGGACAGGUACUGGCACUCCAUCAGCCACCUGCAGCCGGAGACCUCCUAUGACAUAAAGAUGCAGUGUUUCAACGAGGGAGGGGAGAGCGAGUUCAGCAACGUCAUGAUCUGCGAGACCAAAGCUCGGAAAAUUUCUGGUCAGCCUGGUCGGCCCCCUCCCUUAACUCUGGCCCCACCCCAGCCUCCACCCCUAGAGACGAUGGAGCGGCCGGUGGGCACUGGGGCCAUGGUGGCUCGUGCCAGUGACCUGCCCUAUCUGAUUGUGGGCGUUGUUCUGGGCUCUAUCGUCCUCAUCAUCGUCACCUUCAUCCCCUUCUGCCUGUGGAGGGCCUGGUCGAAACAGAAACAUACGACAGAUCUGGGUUUUCCUCGAAGUGCCCUCUUGUCUUCCUCCUGCCAAUACACGAUGGUACCAUUGGGAGGACUUCCGGGUCACCAAGCCAAUGGGCAGCCCUACCUCAAUGGCAUCAAUGGGAGGGCCUGUGCCAGUCAACUGCAUGGAAGCAGGGCAUGCUCUGCAGCUGUAGUGGGCUGCCCAGGCAGGAAAGCUCCGCAGCACUGCCCAGGGGAGCUUGCACAGCAGCAGGAAGAAGACACCAACAGCCCACUGAGGCAAACCAUGGUUGGCAAUGGAUAUGAUCCCCAAAGCCAGCAGGUUGCCAGAGGUCCCAAGUCUAGCUCGGAGGAAGGCUCUUUCUUGUACACACUGCCUGAUGACUCAACUCACCAGCUGCUCCAACCUCAAGAUUGCUGUCAUCUCCAGAAGCAACCUGUCACCACAUGCCAGACAGCAAUGAGGAGGGCACCUGAGUGUCCUGGUCCCGAAGCUUCGUGGGAUCCUCCAUAUCACUCAGGGCCCCGGUGCUGUUUGGGCCUUGUACCAGUUGAAGAAGUAGACAGUUUUGACUCCUGCCAAGUGAAUGGAGGAGACUGGUGUCCCCAGCACCUGGCCUACACAGGACAAGAACUUGGGGUGCUACUCUCUCCCAGCCCAUCAGUUCAUGUUUCCUUUGAAACACCACCUCCCACAAUUUAGGCUAAAGCCAAUAUCCCAGAAAGACUAUAUAUUGUUUUUGUUUUCAAAGAGACAGAGAAAAUUGGUAUUUAUUUUUCUAUUAUAGCCAUAUUUAUAUAUUUAUGCACUUGUAAAUAAAUGUAUAUGUGUUUCUAUAGUUCUGGAGAGACAGGGAAUCCUCCCCUUUAUGGUACAAUGAGGGAAACAAGUAGCAAGAUAACCGAGUCCAGUAGAAACGAUUAGCACAGGUUGGAAGGCUUCAGAUGGCCCAUGGAACCUGCAGCUGCCUGGGGCUGCAGGAGGCCCUCGGGCAAGGUGGCAGGACCCUAAGCUAACGGUUCAUGAAGAGCACACAUGAGGCAAACAGCAAAGGCCAUGCUGCUACAGACUGGAGCCACCCAGAAGCCACUCGGACUUGGUGGCACAGGACACAUCUCCAAGAUGCUAUGAGAAAAGCCCCAGAUGUGUACAGCACUCUAAGCAUUAACGACCAUCCAGAGUCAAUAAUCUGUGGCAACAUAUCUCUGUAAAAACAAACACUGUAACUUCUAAAUAAAUGUUUAGUCUUCUCUGUAA